ACGAUUCUCAUCUUCUUCUUUAUAAGUGGACCACUAUUACUGAAAGCCAGAACGCCAACAAUAACGGAAGUAAUGGGAACGUUAAGGACGCGCAGAUUGAACCGGUGGAAGAGCCUCCCCGGAGGAAAUUUAAAUAUGUUCCGGUAAUUUCUUUACGAUGCAAUUCUUGUGUUUUCUUUAUUGGUUUGAGUUUUAUUGGAUGAGGAUUAAUUGAGAGGGUUUUGUGGAUGCUGAUUGUUUUUUGCGUUUCUAUUAAUUGUUGCACUUCUGAAAAUAAGCGUAUCUUUGUCGGAUACCGAAGCGACACUACACUUGUGAUUAAGUUCAAUGGCGUCAUGUCUGGUGUCCGAGCUAGAAAUAUUAAUUUUGUUUUGAUAAUUUUUAUAUUUGAGUGUUGGUAAGAUAGCAAAAUCCCUUUUUGGCGGCUUUCUGAAUCACGUAAGUAUAGGAACCAAUUAAUUAUCUGCUUAACUUUUCAGUAUUGCCUGGGCUAUAACUUAUAAGUUGGUUUACAGUUUAGCGGAACUUGAAUUAGGAACGCGAUUUAUGACUUUUUGUUUAAGCAAUGAAAUUCACUUUGCCGUGAAUGUCCCGAGAUGGAAAUGGAGAUAUGGAUGCCUUGUGGGAAACGUGAAAUUCACUUUACCGUGUGAUUGUCCCGAGAUGAAAAUGGAGAUAUGGAUGCCUUGUCGGAAACGUGAAAUUCACUUUACCGUGAAUGUCUCGAGAUGGAAAUGGAGAUAUGGAUGCCUUGUGGGAAACAUGAAAUUCACUUUACCGUGUGAUUGUCCCGAGUUGGAAAAUGAUAUAUGGAUGCCUUGUGGGAAACGUGUCGAAUACUGUGAGGACGAAAUAAAGUUAACGGAUGACUUUUUGUUUAAGAAAUACUAACAACCUGUUGCUGGUUACACAAGGACCCUGCUGCAAUAGGUUCGGUGAAGGAACUACUAACAACCUUGGAGGAAGCUCCAAACUCUUGUCAGUUGGAUUAAUGUAGGUGACAAGUGCAUUGCAUAGCUUUGGUUUUCCAGGUUCUUGCUCCCAUCGAAACGGUACUGAACCCGAGGUUUGCAGCGGUGGAGUCACCGUCCCCGAUCUCUCCGGAGACGACGACUUCAUCUGCUUUGCUGGUGGAGCAGAGAACAAAGGAAGCCUUGGUAUGCUGCUGUGUUGAUUUCCCUCAGAACCCAUCACACACACAAUACACACUCAAAGAAUGAGUAUGACUGAUAUAACUGAAAUGGAUUUGUAAAAGAGGAAAGUGUGAAUAUAUGAUUAGGUGAAAAUACAAAAUACGUAUGGUAUGUUACUUUCUGUUUUGUUUUAUAGUAAGGUGCAAAAUGACACUUACCUAUUCCAUUAUUUGCAUCAUGACACCAUUCUUUUAUAAUAAUAAUAAUAACAACAAAAACUAGCAUAUUUGCCUCGUGCCAUAACUUUAGGGACUGAUAAAAAAUUUCAUGAUUACAAAAGUAACAAAAAGAAGCCACUCAAUUAGACCACUCUCUAGUAGUCCAUUUUACAAAAGGACAAAAAUUCUGCACUAUUUUGUCGGCAUACAUGGUAUUUAAUUUCAAAUAUGAUGUCAAAGUACCAUUUCUCUUUUGCUUCCAUUAUAGACUUUGCUCUGAGUAAGCUUCAGUGUUUUCCAUAUCAAAAUUUGGCAUCCAAAGCUUAUGACAUGAACCACAAUUGCUAUGGCCUACUAUGAUGAGAUCAUUGAGAUGUCAACAAAUAUUGCAAAUCAGCUUUCAUCUAAUUUACUAAAACUAUGCAACACUUCAGAGCUUACACAUUCUUAAAGUUGAAUCUAUGUUGACAAUAUCCUUGUCAAUCAUUAAAGUUUUUUUUUCUUCUAUUCUAUUCUAUUGUAAGAUGACCGCGACAUUGAGAUUAUGACUGAAGUCUCAUGUGGUACAAAACCAAUGUGGAAGUUGAGAAGAGAAGAGAAAAUGCUACUACGGAUGGAAAAAUCUAGGUCGUAGAAACAAUAUGUUAUGAUGAUUGAGGUAUUGUUUUUCCUUUCAGUAGUAAUUAUAGUUAUAUUAACCUUAAUAUCUUUGUUGAUAAGAUUUAUCAUAUAUCAAUGGGUACCUAUACUGAUAAUUUAGUUGGUCCUUAUUGUUUCGAGUACAAAUAGUUCAGUCAUAGUGAUCACUUAAUAAUAUUUAUAUCUAUAAUAAUUCUAUCUGAUCAUUUGCACAUAUAGACUUUACAAUAUCAAUUUUAAUAGAUUAUUGGCAUUAAGGAGUUCGGACCCGAUUGGGGCGGUCUUUGACCCGUUACGGACCGGCAACGGUUUUCACCGGACCGUCGAGAAACUGGAAGAAGAAAUGGGUUCACGUUUCACCUUCUUCCGCUUCUUCUAAUUCCAACAACAACACCAAUCACAAUCACGGUUCUUCUAACAAUGGUAAUAAUAACGGUUCUCAUCUUCUUCUUUAUAAGUGGACCCAUAUUACUCAAAAGCCAGAACACCGACAAUAAUGGAACUAAUGGGAAAGUUAAGGACGCGCAGACUGAACCGGUGAAAGAGCCUCCCUGGAGGAAAUUUAAAUAUGUUCCGGUUCUUUUGUGCGAUUAACACAAGAUUGAGAUUACAAUAUCGUGUUGUACAAAACCAGGAUCGAGAUUGAAAAAAACACAGGAUGACCGUGACAUAGGGAUUAUGACUGAAGUCUCAUGUGGUACAAAACCAAUGUGGAAGUUGAGAAGAGAAUAGCAUUUGUAUUGUGCAGAAAAUGCUACUACGGAUGGAAAAAUCUAGGUCGUAGAAACAAUAUGUUAUGAUGAUUGAGAUUAUUGGCAUUAAGGAGUUCGGACCCGACUGGGCGGUCUUUGAACCGUUACGGACCAGCAACGGUUUUCACCGGACCGGUGAGAAAGUGGAAAAAGAAAUGGGUUCACGUUUCACCUUCUUCCGCUUCUUCUAAUUCCAACAACAACACCAAUCACAAUCGCGGUUCUUCUAACAAUGGUAAUAAUAACGGUUCUCAUCUUCUUCUUUAUAAGUAGACCCAUAUUACUCAAAAGCCAGAACACCGACAAUAAUGGAAUUAAUGGGAAAGUUAAGGACGCGCAGAUUGAAUCGGUGGAAGAGCCUCCCCGGAGGAAAUUUAAAUAUGUUCCGCUUUUGCAAGUCUGCAAUGAAUCAAUGCGCCAACAAGGUGAGUGAUCCUAACUCUGAUGAGCUGAUUCCAGCUUUGACGAGGAGACCCAGUCCCACGCAGUGUUAUCAAACAGCGGCGUGAUGGCCGCUAUGGCAGACGAAAGGCUACGAUGGUGCGAAUAGGGGAGAGGAGGACGAAAGGCUAUUAUGCCGGCGAUGUCGGAUUCGUAAGGAAUGUGUGGUGGUUUAUGCAAUUUGAAGAUAUAUAUUGUUGAUAUGGGCAUUUGAUGUUACAACCGAUAUUCUGAAGCUUACAAUCCAACCGUCGAGGAUCGUUAUGAUAUGCGAUACGAUCAACUUAGAAGCAUUGCUGGUCGUAUACAUAUUGUGGUUGGAGGGAGGUUCAAGGGGAAAGGCUGCAGUCCGCGUUUAGUAUUCUACUAGACAUAUUGUGAAGGAUAUUGAGCAUGUGCAGUAACUGUUCAUUUAUUUCGUCGCAGACGGAGUUAAGUCGGUCUAUCGAACGAGCUGCCAAGAUGAGGUACACAUGGAAAAUAAAUAGUCAGAGAGGCCCAAAUGGACAAUCCAUUUUUGUUAAAAAGCGUAAUUUCCGCAUGUGGUCGGAGGAUGAAUUGAGAAAAAUGGUGACACCAGAACUUGUGAGUUACAUCAUUUGAGAUUCGGUUCCUUUGUUGAUGAAUAAUACAUCUCUUUACGUUGACAUGCACUGUUAACAGCAUAAUAGUUGCACAUAAAAUUCUCUUAAAAGCAUGAUAUGAUGGUUUGGAACUUGCACUGUAAAAAAUAUCCCAUCAGUUAUGCGGUUCAGAGUUGCGUACCUGAUACUGUUUUCUUGGGUUGUUGAAAAAGUUUGGUUUGAAAAAUUAUCAUGAGUUUUUAUCAGUUACUCUGCCUGGUACUUUUUAUAUGAUUUUAUAAGGUUCAGGGUCUUGAUGCUUCUGAAGUUGGUGUGUGCUCUGAAGGUCCUUUAAUUGCUUGUCACUGUGUGUCCUAAAUCUUCAUGCUUAUGCGUUAUUGUUUGUUUUUAUCAGAUACGUCUAUUUCUUUAAUAUGAUUCCUUCUUGCCUUUCUGUUUGAUAUCCAUUGUUUUACGUUUGUGCUUUUGAAAGCAUGCAAGAUGGCCUCUACCGCUUAAAACAUUUAGGAAUAACUGAAACACAUCCUAAUAAUAUUUCAUCUGCAAUGAGUCGGCUUCCUGAUGAAGAUAUAGCACUGGCUGCUGCAUCACACAUUGAGAGAGAACUGCAAAUUACUCCAUGGAACUUGAGUAGCAAUUUUGCUGCCUGUACAACUCAGGGUAAGGAAAAUAUUGAACGGAUGGAAAUUACUGGAGUUGUUGAUCCAUCAGGCCGCGGCUUGGGUUUUAGCUAUGCUAGGGCACCUCCAAAGGCACCAGUGUCUAGUGCAGUGGUGAAGAAAAAAGCAGCGGCUGGCAGGGGAGGUUCCACUGUUACCGGUACGGAUGCUGAUUUACGUAGAUUAAGCAUGGAGGCUGCACGAGAGGUACUUCUUAAAUUCAAUGUUCCCGAGGAAGUCAUUGCAAAACAAACCAGAUGGCAUCGCAUUGCUAUGAUACGCAAACUUUCAAGUGAGCAGGCUGUGUCUGUGGUUAAGGUUGAUCCAACAACUAUAGGAAAAUAUGCCCGUGGUCAGCGAAUGUCCUUUCUUCAGUUACAGCAGCAGACCAGAGAGAAGUGCCAGGAGAUUUGGAAUAGGCAAGUUCAGAGUUUGUCAGCUUUAAAUGGUGAUGAUAAUGAGAGUGAUUCAGAAGGAAAUAGUGAUCUAGAUUCUUUUGCUGGGGAUCUGGAAAAUUUGCUUGAUGCUGAGGAAUUUGAAGAGGGAGAAGAAGGUACUAUUGACCUAAAACGUGAUAAGGGAGACAGUGUUAAGGGUCUUAAAAUGAGAAGACGCACAACCUUGGCUCAGGCAGAGGAGGAAAUAGAAGAUGAAGCAGCUGAGGCCGCUGAAUUAUGCAGGCUGCUUAUGGAUGAUGAUGGAGCUUACCGGAAAAAAAAGAAGAAUGCCAGGGUUAUGGUGGAUGCAAGAAGAUUGAUACCGAAACUACAACCAAAAUUUGUCUUUGACAGCACUGAACAAGUAAAGCUAACAAAUACAACAUUGCAACUUGAUGGAACUAAUCAUUUUAAGGUGGAUGCAAUUACAGAUCAUAGGGAGGAUGAUAAAUUUUCUGCUAAGAAAAGCAAAUCAGUUAAGGUCAAUAAAGCAAAGAAGAGUGACAUUUCACCUAUUAGUGUAUCAAAUAAAAAAAUCAAACUAAAUAUGGGAGAAGGAAUCAAGAUAGUCAAGUUAAAGAAGAAAGUCUUUGUUAAUGAUCAUCUGACAGCAUGUCACUAUAAAAAACUACUCGCAAUUAUGCUAAAUUUCAUGUUGAGGUCUGCAGAGUUUUUGAAUGGUGAGACUUGCUUCUCUUUUCUAAAACAGUGGCUGGAGCUAUUUACCUCAGGAUGAUUUGUGUGAGUUCAUUUCACUCAUAACCCCGUGAUGUACCGAAGAGAAAACAGACAACACUAUAGCUCGGCAUUCAAAUCACACAAUAAAGGCAGAAUCAAAGGACCGUCGCCGCGAAACUGAUCACAAUACUGAAACAGUGUCAUCACCAUCCUCGAAAGAUAAGUGUUUUUUAAUAAAGUCGCGAUAAUGAUCAUCUUAUAAUUGAUUUUUAAUUCAAUACUAGGCAUAAUCAUGUUGUGAAUAAUGUUUUAUGUAUCUGAGAAAGCAAUUUACAGCAUACUGCUAAGUUGAAUGUCAACGCAUGUGAAACCAAAAAGCGCAGCUGCUCGACUAGAUGUGUGCUUACUUAUGAUUUGGUUCUGUGUUUUUACAAAUCGCGGGGUCGUCGUGACCAUUGAAAGAUAAGUAUUUUACAUGUUAUAUGGAUCAAUCAUGAUCAAAUAUUGUUUGUUUAUAGACACUUAUUGUUAUGAUAAUCACACUAAAAUUAGUCAGAAUUUGGUAUGGAUGGUUUUUGAUUUAAAAACCUAUGGAUUAUGUCCAGUAUUGCAUUGCAUGGUUCAUAUUUCUAUUAUGAAUGCAUACUUUGAAUCAGUAAUGAAUUUUUUUUCAUUAUCUGUUCGACACAGUACCAACAUGGUUUCUAUUCUUGAAAAGGAUAUUGUAUGAUAUCUUGUGGUUAUUGUCAAGUUUGGCUACUUAGUGUGGUUAUACUACGACAUUGGGUGCAUUAAAUAGUUUGGUUCAAAGUGGAUGAUCCUAAACUAAAUAUGUUUGAACAUUAUCUUUGGGAAUUGUGGAUAUUUAGUAGGACAUGUAUAAAAAUUGUACCCACGCUGCAAAUUGAUAAUUUAAAGUUAUUCUUUAUAUAGUUUAAAAGGAUAUGAUUUUAAAUAUAGAAAUAUCUUGAAAAUUGCUCUUCUUAAUUUAUUAUCUUAGUUCAUUUUUCUUUUUAUUUUAUAACAUUUUAAAGAAAAAACUUAAAAAAUAGAUGUUCCAGCAUGUAUAACACUUAUCAAAUGCUACUUUAGCGUUCCCUUCGAUAAAUCACACUUAUGUUGGAAAUGGCUUGUGCAACCUUGAAUAGUGUUUAUUUCCCCACAUUGUUGGCCAUCAAGUGGAAUCAAUGUUGUUGAUGGCAGAUGGCGGUCCAUGGCGGAGCCAAAAUCCCGGCAUACCGGCCACUUUGCGGCGCCGUUAUAGCAGAUUAUGGCAGAAAAGCCUGCAAUAUCUGGCCGAUGUUUACCAUUGCGGUGAGACUACAAAAUGCCAUGUAUAUCCACCAUAGCGGCCAUGGCGCUGCUAUUUGCUAUUUAAUAACGCUGGGUGGAAUCUACUGCUUAGAGCUAUAGUCAUCCAUGGUUGUCAAUUUCUGAAUCAUAUUACUUUGCAAUAGUAGGCAUCAAAGUUGAGUUAACUCAAAAAAUUGCUUUUGUAAUAGACUUGUAUAGACGAGCAUAGUCUUCAGUAUGAGUACAAAUUGUACAAUACAAUUGCAGUGGCAGUGUUUUUUUUUUAAAAAACUAAGAUAAGAACAACAGUUGAAUAAAAUGUGGUUGAGGUAUAGCCUAGUUAUAGCACUUGACUCCAUAGAUGCAUUUAGCAUCUCAAUGUGAACUCAUCUAUAAACAAGGGAACUUUGUUGUGUCCGAGUCUCAACCUUGCAGCUUUUGGAUUUGCAGGGUUUUAUGGAUGCCAAUUGUUUUUUGUGUUUCUAUUAAUUGUUGCACUUUAGAAAAAAGGUGUGCCUGUGUCGGAUAUCGAAGAGACAUUAAGUUCAAUGGAGUUGUGUCUGGUGUCCGUGCUAGCCAUCUUAGUUUUGUUUUGAUAAUUUUUAUAUUUGAGUGUGUUUGGUAAGAUACUAAAAUCCCUUUUUGGCGGCUUUCUGAAUAGCACAAGUAUAGGAACCAAUUAGGUAUCUGCUUAACUUUGUAGUAUUGCUUGGGCUAUAACUUAUAAGUUGGUUUACAGUUAAGCGAAACUUAAAUCAUAACGAGAUUUAUGACUUUUUAUUUAAGAAAGUGAAUUCACUUUACCGUGAAUGUCCCGAGAUGGAAAUGGAAAUAUGGAUGCCUUGUGGGAAACGUGAAAUUCACUUUACCGUGAAUGUCCCGAGAUGGAAAUGGAGAUAUGGAUGCCUUGUGGGAAUUGUAAAAUUCACUUUACCGUGUGAUUGUCCCGAGAUGGAAAUAGAGAUAUGGAUGCCUUGUGGGAAACGUAAAAUUCACUUUACCGUGAAUGUCCCGAGAUGGAAAUGGAGAUAUGGAUGCCUUGUGGGAAUUGUGAAUUUCACUUUACCGUGUGAUUGUCCCGAGAUGGAAAUGGAGAUAUGGAUGCCUUGUGGGAAACGUGAAAUUCACUUUACCGUGUUUGUCCCGAGAUGGAAAUGGAUAUAUGGAUGUCUUGUGGGAAACGUGAAAUUCACUUUACCGUGUUUGUCCCGAGAUGGAAAUGGAUAUAUGGAUGUCUUGUGGGAAAUGUGAAAUUCACUUUACCGUGAUUGUCCCGAGAUGGAAAUAGAGAUAUGGAUGCCUUGUGGGAAUCGUGAAAUUCACUUUACCGUGUGAUUGUCCCGAGAUGGAAAUGGAGAUAUGGAUGCCUUGUGGGAAACGUGAAAUUCACUUUACCGUGAUUGUCCCGAGAUGGAAAUGGAUAUAUGGAUGCCUUGUGGGAAACGUGAAAUUCACUUUAUCGUGAAUGUCCCAUGAUGGAAAUGGAGAUAUGGAUGCCUUGUGGGAAACGUGAAAUUCACUUUACCGUGAUUGUCCCGAGAUGGAAAUGGAUAUAUGGAUGCCUUGUGGGAAACGUGAAAGUCACUUUACCGUGAAUGUCCCGAGAUGGAAAUGGAGAUAUGGAUGCCUUGUGGGAAACGUGAAAUUCACUUUAUGAGGGCAAUCCUCACCCUACAAGCUGGUUUUGUAGGGUUGAGUUAGGCCCAACCACAUUUCUUAACAUUAACCAAUGACUUUUUGUUAAAGAAAUGAAAUUCACUUUAAAGUGAAUGUCCCGAGAUGGAAAUGGAGAUAUGGGUGCCUUGUGGAAAAUGUGUUAAGUACUGUGGCGAUGAAAUAAAGUUAACCGAUGACUUUUUGUUUGAGAAUUGAAUUUCACUUUACCGUGAAUGUCCCGAGAUGGAAAUGGAGAUAUGGUUGCCUUGUGGGAAAUGUGUUGAGUGCUGUGGGGACGAAGUAAAGUUAACCGACGACUUUUUGUUUAAGAAAUAAAAUUCACUUUACCGUGAAUGUCCCGAGAUGGAAAUGAAGAUAUGGAUGCCUUGUGGGAAAUGUGUUGAGUGCUAUGGGGACGUAAGAAAGUUAACUGAUGACUUUUUGUCUAAAAAAUGAAAUUCACUUUACCGUGAAUGUCCCGAGAUGAAAAUGGGGAUAUGAAUGCCUUGUGGAAAAUGUGUUUAGUGCUUUCGGGACGAAAUAGAGUUAACCGAUGAGAACUCCUAUGAAAGCGGUGGUGGUUUUUUUGUUCCAGGAUAGGAUUUGGAAAGUGAUUUAUGAUAAAUGAAGGUUUGCGUCUUGUAUGAUAUGAUGAAUAAAAGAACAACUCUUUUGCUAAAAGUGGCAUGAUUCAGAUAUUAGAAUAAGAAUUCUAUGUAAAAGUACGUCUGAAUGGGAAUGAGAAUUAAAGAGUGUUGGAGGGAGACAUGGAUUAUUUUGGUGGAAAUGGAAAUGAAAGAUGUCAUUACAUAGUGGUUUGUGGCCCUAAACAGUCUAAUGGAAAAGGAGAAUUUAUUCAGCACACAUACUGAUAUUUGAAAUGAUUAUUAUUCAAUAAUUUUUUAGUCUUUAUUCAUGUCGAAUUACUGAUCUCUCCAUUGAGGAUCAGAAUGGCGUUUUAACUACUUUUUAAUUAUAUGAUGCAUCUUCUGUUUGUUAGUUCUAAAAAUAGGGGUUUGUCAAUGCUGCAAUGUUGAUAGGACUGAAAAUUGAGUUAACACAAUGACUCUGUCAAAUGAUUUUGUUUUCUAAACAACGAUUAGUUGAUGAUCAUAUGAUCUAACCCUUGGAAUUGUUCUGUGUAAACUGCUGCAGAUUUUUACUUUUUUAGAUAGUGCUUGGCAUAUACGUAGACAGAACAUAAUAGAAUGUUUUGUUUUGUUCUCUUUGAUCCAUACCUCACACCAAUCCCUUUAGUGGAAUUAAAACGUAGCACUUUUAAACUUCAUUUCCCAUUCUAUUUUAAAGUAUAAAAGAUAAAAAAAAAUAGAUGUUCCAGCCUUGUUUAACACUUAUCAAAUGCUACCUUAAUGUUCCAUUGGUUAAACCACAUUUAUGCUGGAAAUGGCUUGUGCAACUUCUGAAAAUGAAUUGGUAGGGUUUUAUGGAUGCUGAUUGCUUUUUUGUGUU